AAGUGAUAAACAUCAUACGGAUUAGCCACACACAUUUUCCAUAUCAGCAAUCAACCAAGAAAUGGCAAUUCCUAGCGUCUGCUUGUGUACCAAGCUCCCUCCAAAUCCAAAUAAACUUCAGAGUCCUAACCUGUUCUCACUAACCCAUCAAUCUUCUUCUUUCUCUCCACAGGUUUCUCUGGAUUCAGUUGAGAGUUCGAGAAAUGCAUUGGUUUCUUUUGGUGAAUCAAUAUCAAGAGCAAGCUUUCUAGCUCUUCUCUCUGCUUCACUCUUCUUGGCCUCGGAUCCUGCUUUAGCGUUUAAGGGUGGAGGUCCUUACGGUGCUGGAGUGACUAGGGGCCAAGAUCUUACAGGGAAGGAUUUUAGUGGCAAAACUUUGAUCAAACAAGACUUUAAAACGUCAAUACUCAGGCAAGCUAAUUUUAAAGGUGCAAAUUUAAUUGGAGCUAGCUUCUUUGAUGCCGAUUUAACAGGGGCUGAUCUUUCAGAUGCUGAUCUUAGAGGGGCUGACUUCUCCUUAGCAAAUGUGACAAAGGUGAAUUUAAGCAAUGCUAACCUGGAAGGAGCACUUACAACUGGCAAUACAUCUUUCAAGGGGUCCAAUAUAGAAGGGGCAGACUUCACGGAUGUUCCUUUAAGAGACGAUCAACGGGAAUACCUUUGCAAGAUUGCUGACGGGGUGAAUCCAGUAACCGGUAAUGCAACACGAGACACAUUGUUCUGCAAAUAGCCUGCAGAUUUCAGAAUCUAGUAGAAUAUCAUAGGCACGGGGAGCUGCCCCGAGAGUAAGCUCGUAAUAAACCAGGCUCGAGCUCAAUGGCAAAGUACGGAGCACGAAGAUCGAAGUGCUUGCUGAAGAUCGAGACCGAGCAUGACCGACUUCGAGUAAGGCAUAAUAAUGGAAAGGCGAGAUAUUAGCAACCGACCGAAGAUCUCGGCGAAAAUUUCGGAACAUAUCAAAUCAAGUGGUUAUUGACGUCAAUCAUGGGAAUUGUUUUCGUUAUUAGAAUUGUACCUUAUUUAGGAUUCCUCCCCUAUAUAUAGAGGGACCCUAUUCAUUUGUAAGGGGAUUGAUUCACUGAUAAAGAUAUACAAAAAUGCUGCUCUCAAUUUUACUUACUA